AUGAUGAGAUACGUUCUCGAGAAAAUGGGUGUCGUUUCUCGUCAGCUCUCACCAGAUAUUGAAUCGCAGAUCAUUUCCGAGUCUCAAUCUGGUUCAGCCCUGAGACUACAAGAGGCGGAGGAUGCUUUUAAUAACCCAUACUCAUCUGAAAGGUUGACCAACGUCCACAUUGUAUAUUUUUAUACAAAUUUCGAUUCCAAACUUCAUCUCACAAGGGCAGACCGCUUAAAUAAGUUCCAAGGUUUUCCAGGCUCUCACAAGAAGGCCGUCUGUUCAGCUGCAGAGAAUCUUAUCACAGUACUUUCGACUAGAGUCUAUAAGCAUCAAAAAUGGGAGACUGGUAUGAUCAAAUCGAUGAAUGAAAUGAAACUCGGCUUAGGUCCGACCACAUCGCCAAGACCAUGUAAAUGGGUAGAUAGAGUUGAUCACUUACAAAAUGAUCUCCACCGCAUUUUACAGACCAAAUAUUGGCUUGACCCAAUUCCACAGCUGUGUGAAGCAUUUAUUGAUUUGCUCAUUGACGAUUUCGAAGUUUGUAUUCGUGAACAUCUCUCGCAACUCAGGUUACUCUACGAGCGUGAGUUUGAAGGUUUCUUUUGGAAGCUAUACGUUAUACGCCACUUUGGGAUCUCUAGAAUUGUUUCAGUGCCACAAAAUAUUCAGAAUUAUGCUCCAUUAACAUUUUUUUUCGGCUCGCUCCUCUUACUCUGGUAUAAUACUCCCAAAUAUAUCGAGAAAAAAUGGUAUUUCAAGAUACCAGGAUGUAUUGGUUUAAGCAUCGUUGCAUUCAUGUUUUUAAUUUCUUUGGUGGAUGGGAAGAUCGCUUUCUACCUUUGCUCAUUUCACCCUAGUGUGAGACCAUUGUACGAGCAUGCAACAUCAUGCAUUCCGUGGGGCGAGGCCAACUGGCCAUAUUCAAUAUUUGGCUCUGGAUUGGCAUGGCGAUUUUGGAAGGAGAGAAGUGAUGGUUAUGUUCCGCGGGCCCGACCAUGUACUGAUGUUGAAAUCAAGGGAGCUAAGUGUGCUUAG